AUGGCAAAUAUGGAAUCCAUGCUUAUGAGCCUAACUGCGAGCCUGAACAGGGUUACGACACAACUUUCCAGUAUUCAAAGUAAGCAAGAAGAAUUUGAAAAGAAACUGGACACCUUGAUGAAGAGCAAUGGCCACUUAGAAAAACGUGUUGAUGGUUUUGAGGGAUUGACCAAAAACCUACAAGCACAGAUUGAUGCUCUUGAAAACCGCAGUCGAAGGUGCAAUCUGGUGUUUUACGGCAUAGAUGAUACGAAGAGCAAUGAGACAUGGGAAGAAUUGAAGAACCAUGUGCUACAACUCUGUAAUGAUAAAAUGGGCGUCAACCCCAUUUCGAUUCAAAGGGCACAUCGGAUUGGUGAAUAUAGAGCGAAUGGGAAAAGGCCAAUUAUUGUGAGCUUUGUUUCGUGGAAUGAAAAAGAAAGCAUAUUACACGCGGGGUUCAAAUUUAAAAAUACAAACUACAGUGUCUCAGAGGAUUUUGGCAAAACGCUUCGCGAUAAAAGACGUAUGUUAUAG